AUGACUAGUGUGGGUGGGUUGCCUCGACCCAGGGUAGACCUGGACUUCUACCUGCACCGUGUUUUUCGCAAAAAAACUUUCAGGCCGCUUCAACGAGAAGUCAUUACCGCGGCUGUGGAGGGACAUGAUGUAUUUAUCCAAGCUUCGACGUCUUUUGAACAAUCUCCUUACUUUUGGGUAGUGACAAUAGUGAUUUGUCCUCUUCUUGCGCUCAUGAUGGACCAAGUCAAUGCUCUUCAAGCAAUUGGCGUCCCAGUUUCUACCAUAAACUCCAAUACCCCGAUGGCAGAGCGCCGCCUGAUCAUGGAUGACAUGCUCUCUGGGCAUCCCCGCACACGCCUCCUCUACGUUACCCCAGAACUCUGCCAGAUGGACAGCUUUCGUCGCAAUUUGCAGACAGUUCAUCGGCAGGGGCAACUGACCCGUCUUGCUAUCGAUGAAGCCCACUGUAUCAGUGAAUGGGGCCAUGACUUUCGCCCAGCGUACCAAGAGCUUGGGUGGUUCAAGAAGAAUCUGACCAAUCCACCAGUUCCUAUCACUGCCCUCACAGCCACAGCCACGCCACGAGUACGCUUAGAUAUCAUUAACAUACUCGGUCUAGACACCACCAAGCUCAGACUUUUCAAUACCCCCUCCGCGCGCCCCAACAUCCACUACGAAGUCCGUUAUCUAGAGCCAUGGAGCGAGAGCGAGAAUGAUGGGCCCGCAAGCCAAAUCGAAAAUUUUAUGAAAUGGCUAAAAGCCAUCAAAUCCCGCAGAGAAGCCCGAAUCGGCGCAGAAGCAGCCGCCAAACUCCCUCCAAUAUCUGGCAUAGUUUACGUCGGACUACGCGCAGCCGCAGAACAAAUCGCCAGUGAAUUGUCCAGAAACAGCACUAUCUCCGCGGUAGCAUAUCAUGCUGGCCUGGCACCACAAGACCGAACCCGCAUUCAAGCAAUGUGGACCUCACCACAACCCGUUACCCGCAACGACGGGAAACCACCACCCGUAUUCUCCAUAAUCGUCGCAACAAAUGCUUUUGGUAUGGGAAUCGAUAAUUCCCACGUUCGAUUCGUGGUACACUGGACACCACCCCGCAGCUUUGAAGGCUUUGUACAAGAAUCAGGUCGCGCAGGCCGUGACAGUCGAGCAGCUGCCUCGCUCGUCUACUACAAUUACGAAGAACGAGACCGUAUCUAUGACCGGCUCAGUCGAGAUACAGAGAAUGUGCGCAAUCGCGGCGUGCAGAAGCAAGUCGUUGACGGUCUGCUCAAAAACCAAGCGGCUAGGAUGGAAAGCUUCCAGAAGGUUAUAAGAUACUGUGAGACUGUGACUCAGUGCCGGCAUGAUCUGAUCAAGGAUCUCUUUGGUGAUUAUGAGCUGGAGGAGAUGGGUUCCCAGAGGCCUCCUUCGUCGCAGGCCCAGGCGGGUAGAGGCCUGGCUUCAACCCCUUGUGAUUUUGCUUGUGACUUUUGCAAAGAGGGACAUGGAGCUUUGGCGAAGAGAAAGGCGAAGAUGGGUCUUCAAUUUAAUGAGGGAUAUGAAUCUUUCUAG